CAUUUCUAUUUCUUCUUUGACCACAACAACAUAACAAGAAAAUCUCCUCUUCGAUUAUGUAGCUUUUUCUUUCGGUCUGAUCCCAAAUUUUCAGACCCAGUUUUGUUGAGCGGAAAAACAGAGAAAAGAAGUAGUCUUUUUGUUUUUGUUUUGGAAUUUUGUUUGUUUGUUUGUUUCGUGGGAAAAUUUUGUUUGGGGAAUUUUCUUUUUUGUUUUACUGGGGUCAAUGGUUUCGUCGGAGGUUUCGCAAGUUGGGGGAUUGGGAGAGGAGCGGGAGUGGCCGCCGGGGUUCCGGUUCCACCCGACGGAUGAGGAACUGGUCCUCUACUAUCUCAAGAGGAAGAUCUGUGGGAAGAAGCUCAAGCUCAACAUCAUCGCUGAGACUGAUGUCUACAAGCGGGACCCAGAGGAACUUCCCGCUCUGUCCAUUUUGCAAACUGGAGAUAGGCAAUGGUUCUUUUUCAACCCAAGAGAUAGGAAGUACCCUAAUGGGGCAAGGUCGAACAGAGCAACAAGGCAUGGGUACUGGAAAGCAACAGGAAAAGAUCGUACUAUAACCAGUAAUUCUCGAUCAGUUGGGGUGAAAAAGACCUUGGUCUUCUACAGGGGUCGUGCACCUAAUGGUGAACGCACUGACUGGGUGAUGCAUGAGUAUACUUUGGAUGAGGAGGAGCUCAAAAGAUGCCAGGAUGCACAGGAAUAUUAUGCGCUUUACAAGGUAUUCAAAAAAAGUGGACCUGGUCCCAAAAAUGGCGAACAAUAUGGGGCACCUUUCAGGGAAGAAGAUUGGAACCAUGACUGUCCAGAUUUUGAUAAUUCUGCCAAUCUGGAAAUUCCAGUGGAGAAAGUUGAUGAGGUUUUGCGGAAUGAUAACGUCAAAGUUGACAGUCAAGUCCCUUCUUUUACAUUUGAGGAGCUCAUGAAAGAUAUAACUGAAGAUUCUCUGCUUGACCUGGCGGAAGUCAAUGUUUAUGCUCAAACCCCAUCUCAGGUUGUCUGUAAAGAAGUGAAAAAUACCAUGGUGGACCCACCCCACAAGGAAAUUAUUUUUCAUGAACCUGUCAAUCUAUUCUCUGUCAAUGGUGUGCAGUGUAAUUUGCAGUCCAGCUUUGACUUCACACCGCCAGCUGCCGAGUUGCAAGUACCUGUGGCACCUCAGAUUGCAGCAGAUCCAAUAAUUCAUGAACAGGAGAUUUAUAUACUCCCUGAAGCGGAUUUCCUUGAAAUGGAUGAUUUGCUUGGUCCUGAACCUGCCCAAGGAACUGUGGAGGAAGCCCUGCAUAACGUUCAGGUUGAAGAGGCAGAUGGGUUAAGUGAGCUUGAUUGUUAUCAUGAUGCAGCCAUGUUUUGGAAUGACAUAGGGCCUGGUACUAACGAGAUUAUUGAUCAGUAUGAGUACUAUUUAGAUUCCAAUCCUUUUGGUCCCUGUGAGGAUGUUGAUCAGCGCUAUGUAGAAGGUGAAAGCCCAACUGUUAAUCAAAUGUUUCUGAAUGAUGCAAACCAAGUUAAUUAUCAGUUCCAGGCAGAUGGUGCACCUCAGGCACAUGAGCAAGAAGGAAGUGUCCUUACCUCAGCAGAGUUUUAUCCCGGCUCUAAUUCUGAUCAAACUUCAGUGAAUCAAAAUCAAAAUGGCAAUGACGAUAGUGGUGCCACAACUUGGUUUUCUUCUGCUAUAUGGUCCUUUGUGGAGUCAAUACCUACUAAUCCCGCAUCAGCUGCAGAGAACGCAUUGGUGAAUCAGGCUUUGGGACGAAUGCCCAGCUUUAGUAGGAUAAGAAUGAAUGUCAUGAACACAAAUACUUCUGCAGGUAGUGAUUCUGAAACCACAAAGAGCUCAUGCAGAAAAAGAGGAUUCUUCUUCUUUCCACUUCUUGUGGCUGUAAUUGCUAUUUUUUGGGUUGUUCUUGGGUCUGUGAGACUAUGGGGGACGGGUAUCACUGCAUGAAUGUGUAAAUAGGAACUUUCAUUGCAGUUCUUGAUUUUGGUAUUUAUUAAGUGGCCAGCAGAAUACAAGAAUAAAUGGUUACAGAUCUUUAUGUGAAUUUUGGUUGUAAGGGCCAACUUGUUCGUAAUUUGUUUAUAGGUAACUAAGUAUAUAACUUCAAUAUAGGUUGUUUGAGAUUUUCUAGUCAUUUUUGAAAUUAUGAACAAUGAUAAUUUUAA